AUGUUGCGCUUUCUACAGCAAGGCAAAGCAGCGUUCGCUUCUCCAACGUCCUUCAAUGGGACACACCAAACCACAAGUGAUCAUGGGGAAGUGCGAUACAACCAAGAUCUCCUUCCCAGCCCGCCUGCGGACAGAAAAUGGAGAUGGCAGCACUACUUCGCUUACUACCUGACUAUGACAUUCAGCCCCUCUUCCUAUAAUCUUGGUGCGUCUCUAGUCUCAAUCGGCCUACUUUGGUGGCACGGUAUGAUCGCUGCUGUAAUUGGCUCAGCCAUUCUCACGAUUCUCGUGGUACUUAACAGCCGCGGCGCUAUUAAAUACUUUCUCGGCUUCCCUGUCUAUGUCCGCGCUGCUGCUGGUGUGAGAGGAGCCAGUCUGUAUAUCCUUGUACGAGCCGUAGUCGCGAUUAUCUAUUUCGCCACGCAGACGUACUAUGGAGGGCGUAUCACAUCGGUUUUCAUGCGUGGUAUCUUCGGCAAUGGGUACAAGAGCAUUCCGAAUCACCUCCCAGAGAGUGCAGGAAUUACGAGCAGAGAUCUGCUGAGUUUCUUUUUGUUUUGGAUGGUACAAAUGCCAGUCAUGUUCAUUCAUCCAACGGUACUUCGACAUCUUUUCGUUGUCAAAGCUGUUUAUACGACGAUAGCGCUCUUCGGUGUGCUCGGCUGGGUGAUCAGCGCAAACGGAGGCAAGAUCGGAAGCUUCACCUAUACAACCAAGCAGACACAACUUUCGGGUUCAGAUCUCAUCUGGCCUAUGGUUCAAGCCAUCAACUCCGUCAUGGGUGCUCUCGCACCAGUACUCAUCAACCAACCUGACAUAGCGCGGUACGGACAUUCUUACGGUGAUGUGACGUGGAGCCAGGGUGUAGGCAUCCUUAUCAGCAAAGUUCUGGUUAUGUUCUUGAGUACCGCGACGACUGCAGCUGCAACGCAAGUCCUGGGCAAAAGUUAUUGGAAUGUAUGGGAUCUUUACGACGCCAUCUUGGAUCAGUACUGGACUCCUGGAGCUCGAGCAGGGAUGGUCUUCGCAUCUUUUGGAAUGAUGCUUGCUGUACUCGUCACAAACGCCGGGAGCAACUCACUCCCUGUCGGCGCUGACCUCACAGGAAUCUUUCCCCGCUGGUUGACCAUUGUGCGAGGCCAAGUACUUUGUGCGGUUCUGGCACCUUUGCUCGUUCCGUGGAAAAUCAUCGCAUCCGCAACUUCGUUUUUGACCUUCUUAGGCUCGUACACCGUUUUCUUGAUGCCGAUCUGCGCGUGUAUGAUCAUCGACUACUGGCUUGUUCGGAAAGGCAAUUUCCAUGUUCCCUCGUUGUAUACCUCUUCACCCCAGAGCCCGUACUCGUAUUAUAGAGGCUGGAAUCUACGCAUGUUGGCUGCCUGGGUAGCUGGAGUUGCGUUCACCGUUCAUGGCGUAGCAGGGUCUCUGGAUCCUGAUUCUGUAGCCGAUGCUAGCAAGAACAUGUACAAACUGGGCUUCAUACUAUCAUUUUCGAUGGGGGGUUUGGUUUACUACAGCCUGUGUCUUAUCUGGCCGGUUCAGAUACUGCCAAUUGGUGCGGACAGGGAGCUGGCGUUUGAAGAGUUGGCAGCUAAUGAAGGGUUUUUCAAUCAUGAGACUGUGGGUACAAUUACGGGAGUACUGGAGGGCGAGGAAGUGGACGGAACGCAACAUUACGUUGCGAAUAGCAAAGAGGAUAAGGUCUGA